AAACUCGGUGUACGAAAUGGAACCUACGGAGGAAUAAGCGCUGGAGACAACGCAGAUAUCUACGCUGCACAAAAGGAGAUAUACUUAGGAAACAAAUGUCAAGUUAUGGACAAGCCAAACCCAUGGCAGUUCUGGAUGAUAAUGCUGAAGAGCGGUAAUAUGGAUACCUUAGCCGCGAUUUGUCCUGAAAACGGGAAAAAGGCAAAACCAUUUCCUCAGACCGGGAGGUUUCCAUGUUUCGGAAAAGGAUGUAUGAACAUGCCAUCGAUGCAUCAUGAGCAGACAAGGUUUGUGGAUAAACAAGGUCAUCAUAUGAGUGGGAGUUUUUACGGGACUUGGGACUUGGAUAAUGACCGAAAAGAUCCGGUUGGUAAUAAUUCGUAUUAUAAAGUGAAAUGGGAGAAGAAGAUUGGUGGGAAUGAGAGUUGGGUUUUUCAUCAUUUGUUAAAGACUUCGUCUAAGUAUCCAUGGUUGAUGCUUUAUCUACGAGCUGAUGCUUCUCGAGGUUUCUCUGGUGGUUAUCAUUACGACACUAGAGGAAUGAUGAAGAUGACACUGAAAUCGCCGGACUUCAAAGUUAGAUUCAAGCUGGAGAUUCUAAAAGGAGGCGGUUCAGGGAGCCAGUUCUACCUAAUGGACAUGGGAAGCUGCUGGAAAAACGACGGCAGGUACUGCGACGGCGACGUCACAACCGACGUCACGAGGUACAGCGAGAUGAUAAUCAACCCGGAGUCGACCCCUGUAUGUAACCCCAACCGCAUAGGGGCUUGUCCGCCGUAUCACGCGUUUCCAAACGGGACAAAAAUUCACAGGACGGAGACUGAGAAGUUCCCUUACGAAGCGUAUCACUACUACUGCGUUCCGGGAAACGCGCGUUUCGCGGAAAAGCCGUACGAUGUAUGUGAUCCGUACAGCAAUCCACAGCCGCAAGAGAUUAUGCAGAUCUUGCCUCAUCCGGUGUGGGAACAGUUUGGGUAUCCGACAAAGAAAGGACAAGGUUGGAUUGGAGAUCCAAGAACUUGGGAACUUGAUGUCGGGAAACUCUCUCAAUCACUCCACUUCUACCAGGAUCCAGGGACGAAACCGGUGGAGAGACAUUGGUCGUCAAUAGAUUUAGGAACAGAGAUAUAUAUGAGCCAGAAUCAAAUUGCUGAAUGGACUGUUACUGAUUUCGACAUUGUUAUACCAAAUGCAGGUAUUUAAAAUUUUAAGUGGUGUAAAUUACACCGUGUAAUCUAUCUUUUAUAAAUUGGUAAUUGCUGCUAAUACACAAUUACAUAGUUGUUAUCGUCGGGACUUUGAGAUAAUUUGCAUUAGUAGUUAGUCUUUCAAAA